GAAAAUUUGUGAGGCAGAGAAGUUUCGAACUGAAUCACCUGAACGACGUAGAGUGACUGAUGCCCAGUGGCGUUGUAAAAAUCAAGCAAAAGCCGCCUGGUCUGGGCCAAGUUUGUUUAGUCGACUAGUGUCAGUGUUAGCGGGAAGAUGAAACCAAGUUUGAAGCUUAGACAGGCGGGCGUGAUUGUGCUGGCAUUAAAUUGCGUCUUACUUUGCUCAGCGCAAGGUGGUCAGGGCGGUGCUGGUGGUUGGGGCGGAGCGGCGGGCUCGCCAGGAGCACCUGGUGCGCCCGGCGGCAGUGACUACGGCUUCGGCUAUGCCGGUGUAGACAGCAGAGGUCGCGUUUAUGGCGGCGCCGGCGGCAAUGGCGGCUACUAUGCAGGCGGUGUAGACGAUCAGGGACGGCGCUUUGCGUACAGUGGCGGUGCAGCUGGCAUGCCGGGAAUGCCAGAAGCGCCUGGCGCAUAUCCUGGCGCACCAGGAGCACCUGGAGUACCCGGCGGCUAUCCCGGUGGCUACUAUGAUCAGCGCUACAGAUCGUCAGCGAAUGCCAAAUGCACACAAACACAUUGGCUGUGGCUCAUCAUGCCAUUUGCUAUGCUUGCGAGUUUUUUAUAAAACGA